UCAACUCGAUCGUGUCUGAAUAAACAAAGCAUGGAAGAAUGCGCAGAUUAGUGUCUGAAUUAAAACUAGCGCCACUACAUAUCUGACAGGAUGAAGUUAACAUUAUGUUUUCUUUAGUGCACUAUCUAAUGCUAUCUUGUUUUGUUGCUUAGAUCAGCUCAACUUGUCCUUUGCUCCAGUGGAAUCCACGGCAGCAUGAUUCCCUGCACUAAUUAAUCCCAACCUUGAAUAAUCAAAUGAAGUACUCUGCCUGUGUAUUAAGAAAUUCAAGCCUCGAUUAUUAUGAUCAUCAACUUGCAUAGUGGUCUCCUUCUGACCAAGAACCAACCACUCCAUUGCAGAUCGAGACGAGCUAACCGAGCUCUGCAACUCUAAAGAAGAAAAAGAAGAAGAUGGAAAUGGAUGCUUCCGUGUGGGCGGCCGUAAUCGUAGCUUCCAUCAGCAUCUUGUUAUUGGUGUUCAAGAAGCUGAUCAAGAUCACGAGCUCCGGCGAUCGGCGGCUGCCUCCGGGCUCGUUCGGGCUGCCGGUGGUGGGCCAGACGCUGGGCUUCCUGCGCGCGCUCCGGGGCAACACGGGCGAGGCAUGGCUCCGGCGGUGGGCCGGCCUGUACGGCCCGGUAUCCAGAUUCUCCUUCCUGGGCGUCCCGACGGCCUUGCUCGUCGGCCCAGCCGCCAACAAGUUCGUCUUCUCCAGCUCCGGCCUCACCGCUAUGGCCACCAACUCCUUCCGCCGCAUGAUCGGCGGCCGCAACAUCCGCGACCUGGACGGCGCCGACCACCGCCGCGUCAGGGCCAUGAUGGUCACCUUCCUCAAGCUCGACGUCGUCAGGGGCUACGUCGCCACCAUGGACUCCGAGGUCCGCCGCCACCUCCGGGACCGCUGGCAGGGGCACGCAAACGUCGCCGUGCUGCCGUCCAUGAAGUCGCUCACCUUCGACAUCAUGUGCACAGUCAUCUUCGGCCUCGACGCCGGCGACACGGCGCGGCGGGACCUCGCCGUGGAGUUCGUGGAGCUGGUGAGGGGCAUCUGGGCGGUGCCGGUGAACCUCCCGUUCACGACGUUCCGGCGGUGCCUCGGCGCGGCACGGCGCGGGCGGCGCCUGAUCGCCGGCAUCAUCGAGGAGAAGCGCAGGCGGCUGCAGCGUGGGGAGAGCUCACCGGGCGACGACCUGAUCACCCACAUGCUCGCCGAGGGCACCGACGACGAGGAGAUCAUCGACAACGUCAUGUUCAGCAUGGUGGCGGCGCACGACACCACGGCGCUGCUCCUCACCUUCCUCAUCCGCCACCUCCAUGGCAACCCGGAAGCGUACGCCAAGGUCGCCGCCGAGCAGCAGGCCAUCGCCGUGGCCAAGAGAGCUGCCGGAGACGGAGAAGAAGCUCUGACGUGGGAGGACCUGGGCAAGAUGAGGUACACGUGGGCGGCGGCAAUGGAGACGCUGCGGCUGGUGCCGCCGGUGUUCGUGACGAUGAAGAAGGCGGUGCGAGACGUGGAGUUCGAGGGGCGGGUGAUCCCGGAGGGAUGGCAGGUGAUGUCGGUGAUGAACCUGACGCAGUGGGACCCGGCCAUCUUCCCCGACCCCGGCAGGUUCGACCCGGCGAGGUUCGGCGAGGCCGCCACCGUGCCGCCGUACAGCUUCGUGGCGUUCGGCGGCGGCGGUAGGAUCUGCCCCGGGAACGAGUUCGCGAGGGUGGAGACGCUGGUGGCCAUGCACUACAUCGUCACCGGGUUCCGGUGGAAGCUCGCCGCCGGCUGCGAUGGGAGCUUCUCCAGGUUCCCGCUGCCGUCACCGGCGCAGGGACUCCUCAUCGACAUCGAACCCAUCAACAAUUCACAGCUCAAGUGAAUAAUCAUGGGUCGAAUCAUAGAGUGAUUCUACUACGUAGUAACCUGAACCUGGACUGAAUCAUGGAUUCAGAGGUUCAGCUGCAACAUAUACAGGAGAUGUUCAGCUGGUGUUUUUAUGUGACAUUCAGGCCAACUGUUGGUCUUUGAAGAACAGACAUGAACCCAUAUACUGCAGAUUCAUCUUCUCAUGAAACAACAAAUCUAGAAAUAAGAAAUUAUUGUCUGAAUUUAAGUCA